AUGGAAGAGCAGCCUGAGCCCAGUGUGGCAGAGCAGCAGCAGCAGCAAUCAUUUCCGUCGUCAAAGACACUCGGUAAGCGUACAUGGGACGAUUUUCUCGUUGAUACCAAGGAGAACGGGUCUGCUGUGAAUGUAGGUGCUUCGAGAAAACGGCAGCCACCGCAUAUGCGGCCGCAGCACCCAGAAUUGACGCCAUUUGGAACACCACAAGACUACUUCCAGUUCCCGCCAGUUACGGGACCACAGUAUUAUCAGCCUGCGCCGCUUACGGCGCCACAACAGUAUGAUCAGUUUUCGUCGGCUCUGCCACCGCAGCAUCCACCAUCUAGAGCGCCACAAUCUGAGCAAUUUACACUAGGUAGGGAGCCAUUGUUUGAGAAAUUUUUGAUAGAUACGGAACCACUUGACACAACAUCUACAGCACUAGAUUUUGAUGAAACGGACCCAGAUACGGCACCACCGCAUGAGGCCGUUGAUGCUGAGACUGUAAUGUUACGGGCCUUCACACAGGUGGUCCAUAGGCUCGAGGAUAGCAGCAACAUGCGGGCCGUACGGGAUACCAUUAUUGGUGCUUUUCCCGAAUAUGAAGCCGAGAUCAAUGCAUUGCUUGACGAAGAGUGGCCAUCGAUCGAGAAGUGUUACGAAAUGCAAUCGAAAUACGAUGAGAAAUGGAAAGAAUUCUGUGUGAAUGAAUGUGAAUUGUCUGGUCGUCCAGAGAAUGAGCUGUGUGAACCUUCGGGUGUACUGUGUGCGGGUGUAUUGAUUCAACUCAAUCACCCUACUUUCGACUGUGUGAAAUUGCCUGAAAAGGUACUAGAGCAUCCUGCUCAAACCAUAGCACGACUUGUCGCGAUGGGCAUAUCUGCAGAGAACUGUCUAGUUUUCGACACGUACUCUCGUCGUGAAGCGGUACGAGAGCAAAACGGUAAAAGGACUGAGCUGACCGUGCCCGAUUACUAUUCAGACGAGCUCAAGAGUGUGCACCAAGAGUUUGCCGAAUGGCUCUGGGUAAACUCUGCUGGCAAGGUUUUGCUGCUCGCAGGUAAGUUGAAUCACAACCGUUUCAAGCAGCGGAUAAGUAUGCUCCGCCACGUGCAGCUUGAGGAAAGAGUUUCCGUGCAAUGCGGUUUACUUUGGAACGGCAAGAAGCUAUGCAAGAUCGUGGUCCAAAUCCACCACCCGGAGUAUGUCAACAGGACACCAGAUUACCAGGCCGUGUACAACGUCAUAUUCGACUUUGCAUUCAGCCUCUGUCGAUUGCGCCUCGACAACCCACUGGUCAGCCAUGACGACGACGGCAAAGUACAACAGAAGCUUGGCGCCUUCUUUGUUCGCAUCCCCAGGUCGACAGACUGGCGUGCCGACGAAGAUACCACCCUCAGGCUGCUUAUUGCUAACCGCACAAUGAAAGUCGCGGAGAUGGCCUCUUUUCUUCCUGGUCGUACCGCGAGUUCUAUACAGGCGAGAAUAUGCGUCCUCAAGCUAGGGGCGCCGCGAUCACCCAAAUGGACUGACGAGGAAGACGCUAAACUGAAGCGUCUUCGAGAGGCCGGCACGGCGUUCGAGGACCUGCAUGGCGAGUUUCCUGGUCGCUAUCUCAGCAACAUAAAGGCGAGGGCCAGGGAGCUUGGCAUCCAAGGUAUUUUUUCUCCGUGGACUGAGGAGGAAGAUGCCAAACUCAAGAAGUUGUACGGGACGGGAAUUCAGUACGAUGCUAUGGCCACCAAUUUUCCGGGUCGUAGCGCCACGGCGCUGGCUGGGAGGGCGCAAUCACUAGGUAUCACAAAGGAGGCUAACACUCCGUGGACCGACGCAGAAGAAGCUAAACUCAGGCAACUGAGCAAGACCAAGAUGACUUACGAUGAAAUGGCUGAACAGUUUCCCGGCCGCACCGGCCCCGCUUUGUCUGCCAGGGCAUUCCAACUUGGCAUCUCGAGGAGGCAAAAACAUGUUCCCUGGACCGAUGAAGAAGAUUCCAGACUCAGAAAGUUCCACGCAGAUGGCGUGGAAAACAAGGAUAUGGUCGAACAUUUCCCCGGCCGGAACCGUGAUAUGAUCCGCACUAGAAUGACCAAACUCGGCCUAAGAAAGAAGGCGACCUUCAAGCGCUGGACUCCCGAGCAAGACGAGGAACUCAAGAAACGCUGGCCGGACAAGAGUCAAUCAUGGAGUGAUAUGGAAGAGUUUUUUGGUAAAGAAAAGUUCUCUCUCCGGAAUCGAGCAAGGGCGCUUGGGCUGGCGAACGUAGCUGGUCGUCGAUAG